GUCCUCGGAGAAACAUUUGGGAGGUCGGAGGGAGAAGUUCUGAGUCAAGGCUAAAAAAUCAGAUUAACCACGGAUAGCGUCUCGAGUGGAAAUGUGGACGCGGGCCGGUUGCCUACACAUUGCACUGUAGGGGCAAGCGCGAGAGACUGGGGUGGGAUGGGCGUGUUCGAGGAGAGCGGGGUUCUAAUCCCCUUCCCUCCGCGCGCAAAGCUCUGACCGACCACGCCCUUCCAGGUGAGCCGGCCCAGGAAUGGUGGGCGGGCUGACCCUGCCCCAGCCCUUCCUCUCUGGUUCCUUCUCCUGGGACGCUCCUCCCCACCCCCCAUUAGUGCUGGAGAAAGGUGGAAAGGGUAGAGGACGUCACCCCCACCUUUCUCCGUGCCGCGCUCCACAGCUGUUGCCUGCUGCUCCCAGGUGACCAGGCACCUUGCACCUACGGAGGCGCUCCCUGGUACUUACAGAACAGAAAUAACCUGUUCCCUAAUUUGCUGUGUUUUCUGGCCACUCCAAGGUCCCUUUACGUGACUGGUCAUCCUUGAUCAUUUCUGGUUCCCGCUGGUCCCAGAUUGGCUGUUGGAAUGCUUUUUUUUUUCUGUCCUCUGUGACAGUUCCAAUUUGAGAUAAUGCCUCAUAUCUCUGCUCCCCGGGCACCUCCUGGAGCCCCCAUGAUCCGGAAAAAGACAGCUUGAACACAGAAAUCCCUUCACUCCUUACCUAGCUCUCAAGUCAGGAUGUUGCGGAGGCUGCUGGAGAGGCCCUGCACAUUGGCCCUGCUUGUGGGCUCCCAACUGGCAGUUAUGAUGUAUCUGUCACUAGGGGGCUUCCGAAGUCUUAGUGCCCUAUUCGGUCGAGAUCCGGGCCCAACCUUCGACUAUUCUCAUCCCCAUGAUGUCUAUAGUAACCUCAGUCACCUGCCUGGAGCCCCUGGACCUGCAGGGGCUCCUCCAGCUCAGGCCCUGCCCUACUGUCCAGAAAGAUCGCCUUUCUUAGUGGGUCCUGUAUCAGUGUCCUUUAGCCCGGUGCCAUCACUAGCAGAGAUUGUGGAGCGGAAUCCCCGGGUGGAAUCAGGGGGCCGGUACCGUCCUGCAGGAUGUGAGCCUCGCUCCCGAACAGCCAUAAUUGUGCCCCACCGUGCCCGGGAGCACCACCUUCGCCUGCUGCUCUAUCACCUGCACCCUUUCCUGCAGCGCCAGCAGCUGGCCUACGGUAUCUACGUCAUCCACCAGGCUGGAAAUGGAACGUUUAACAGGGCAAAGCUGCUGAACGUAGGGGUGAGGGAAGCCCUUCGCGAUGAAGAAUGGGACUGCUUGUUCUUACACGACGUGGACCUCCUUCCAGAAAAUGACCAUAACCUGUAUGUGUGCGACCCCCGGGGACCCCGCCACGUUGCUGUUGCCAUGAACAAGUUUGGAUACAGCCUCCCGUACCCCCAGUACUUUGGUGGAGUUUCAGCGCUAACUCCUGACCAGUACCUGAAGAUGAAUGGCUUCCCCAACGAAUACUGGGGCUGGGGUGGCGAGGAUGACGACAUUGCUACCAGGGUGCGCCUGGCUGGGAUGAAGAUCUCUCGGCCACCCACCUCUGUGGGACACUAUAAGAUGGUCAAGCACAGAGGGGAUAAAGGAAAUGAGGAAAAUCCCCACAGAUUUGACCUCCUGGUCCGUACCCAGAAUUCUUGGACACAAGAUGGGAUGAACUCACUGACGUACCGACUGCUGGCACGAGAGCUGGGUCCUCUCUAUACCAACAUCACUGCAGACAUUGGGACUGACCCUCGGGGGCCCCGCUCUCCCUCUGGGCCCCGAUACCCACCAGGUUCCUCCCAGGCCUUCCGUCAAGAGAUGCUGCAACGCCGGCCCCCAGUUAGGCCUGGCCCUCCUCCUACUGCCAACCACACAGCUCCCCACGGCUCACACUGACGUUUCUUUGCCCACUGUAAUCAUGAAACUGAAUUGGAGGGGUUGUGUUCCCCACACCCUCUGCUCACAGCUUUGGGAGGAAUGUGAGGGAAUUAACUCUAGUGCUGUGCUGGGGGGGCAGGGACCUCUCCUCACCUCUAGAUUGGAGCUGGGCUCCUCUAGACCUGGAGGUUCCUCUUUCUAGGGGCUACCUGUCAGGGCUUAUGACUGUGAAUCUUUGAUGUCAUUUUAUGUGACAAAUCCUGGGAGUCCUCUGCCCCUGGGGUAGGAGCAGGGCUGGAUCCCAAGUCCCUUCCUCGUCCAUGGACAUUACUCUUUUCCAAGAGUGACCUGGCUUCUCCUGGAACCUCUGUGAAUAUUUAUUCUAUUUAUGGUUACUGAGAAGCUGUCUGGUGGAGGAAACCCCUAGCCGGGCAUUUCCUGCAAGUGCUGGAAUGGCUCCUCUAGUCUUGGCCUGGGUACAGGGGCUGGGAUUUUGAUAUCUUUUCUAAUAAAGGACUUUGUCUCAC